CCGCCAAUGAGUAAAGAAGCAGAUCUGCUCUCCCUCCCACCCUUGCUGGCCCAGGCCAGAGAGCAGCUGUAUACCUCCAGAGAGGACACAUACAUUGUCCUGUAGGUGGCAAUAGUACCACCUGUUUGACCGGUGGGGCUGAGCCAAGGACUGGAAGAGGGAGGAGGCAAACAACUCAGAGAGAAGCUGUAAAGCAAUACAGACCAGAGAGCAGAGCAGAGAGCAGAGCUGCGGCUGAGAAAAGGUCAGAGCUGGAACCUCUGCUUCAGAUUGCUCCUACUUCCUGGGGUAGAAGGCCUCACCAUGGCUGAGUCCCCUGGCUGCUGCUCCAUCUGGGCCCACUGCCUUCACUGCCUGUAUAGCUGCCACUGGAGGAAAUGCCCCAAAGAGAGAAUGCAAGCCAGCAAGUGCGACUGUAUCUGGUUUGGCCUGCUCUUCCUCACCUUCCUCCUCUCCCUCAGCUGGUUGUACAUCGGGCUCAUCCUUCUCAAUGACCUGCACAACUUCAAUGAAUUCCUAUUCCACCACUGGGGACACUGGAUGGACUGGUCCCCAGCAUUCCUGCUGGUCAUCUCUCUACUGGUCACAUAUGCAUCACUGCUAUUGCUCCUGGCCCUGCUCCUGCAUCUCUGUGGACAGCCGCUGCAUCUGCACAGUCUCCACAAGGUGCUGCUCCUCUUCAUUUUGCUUCUUGUGGCCACUGGCCUUGUGGGACUGGACAUCCAGUGGCGGCAGGAGUGGCAUAGCUUACGUCUGUCAUUGCAGGCCACAGCUCCAUUCCUUCAUAUUGGAGCAGUCGCUGGAAUCACCCUCCUGGCCUGGCCUGUGGCUGAUACCUUCUACCGCAUCCACUCAAGAGGUCCCAAGAUUCUUCUACUCUUCCUAUUUUUUGGAGUUGUCCUUGUCUUCUACUUGGCCCCUCUGUGCAUCUCUUCACCCUGCAUCAUGGAACCCAGAGACUUACCUCCCAAGCCCGGGCUGGUGGGACACCGAGGGGCCCCGAUGUUGGCCCCCGAGAACACACUGAUGUCCCUGCGGAAGAUGGCUGAAUGUGGAGCUGCUGUGUUUGAGACUGAUGUGAUGGUCAGCUCCGACGGGGUCCCCUUCCUCAUGCAUGAUGAGAAGCUAAGCAGAACCACGGAUGUAGCCUCUGUGUUCCCAUCCCGAAUCACAGCCCACAGCAGUGACUUCUCCUGGGCAGAACUGAAGAGACUUAACGCUGGGGCCUGGUUCCUAGAGAGGAAACCCUUCUGGAGAGCCAAGCAGCUGUCAGGGCCUGAUCGGAAAGAAGCUGAGAAUCAGACAGUACCAACAUUAGAAGAGCUAUUGAAGGCAGCAGAAGCCCUCAACCUUUCCAUCAUGUUUGACUUGCGCCGACCUCCACGAAACCACACAUAUUAUGACACUUUUGUGAACCAGACAUUGGAGACUGUGCUGAGUGCAAGGGUGCCCCAAGCCAUGAUCCUUUGGCUACCAGAUGAAGAUAGGGCUAAUGUCCAACAACGGGCACCCAGAAUGCGCCAGAUAUAUGGACAGCAGAGAGGCAACAGAACAGAGAAGCCCCAGUUUCUCAACCUCCCCUAUCAAGACUUGCCAUUGUUGGAUAUCAAGGCACUGCACCAAGAUAAUGUCUCAGUGAACCUAUUUGUAGUGAACAAGCCCUGGCUCUUCUCUCUGCUGUGGUGUGCGGGGAUCGAUUCGGUCACCACCAACGAUUGCCAGCUGCUGCAGCAGAUGCAUUACCCCAUCUGGCUUAUUCCUCCUCAAACCUACUUAAUGAUGUGGAUCAUUACUAAUUGUGUCUCCACCCUGCUGCUUUUGUGCAUCUUCCUCCUCCAAGGUUUGAGGGUUGGAAGGUCCUGCUUGAAGCUGGCUGAACUCACAAAGGAAAGCUUUUCUUCCUAUAGGAGAUGCGCUAAGGAGAGAGAGAGAACUGGCUUAGAAACAGCAGUGCUGCUGACCAGGAUCAACAAUUUCAUGACAGAGUGAACACCCUGCCCUGCCCUUGCCCCAUGUGGAGUCUAAGGCCUGUCUUCAUUGGUUACCUGCAAAAGAGGGAAUGGGGCUGAAGUGGACUAUUUUGGAGUAGUGUGUUUUGGUGGAGGGCAAUUUUGCCAACAGGAGGUUUGAACCACAAGGCCCUCUGCCUAGAUGAUGGGCAGGCCUCAAGCUGCCAGGAAAUCUGCUUCUCUUGGGGUUUUGACAUGGGGCAGUUGAGAAGACAGUGAGUCAUGAGAAGUUUCUCCUAAAAUGAAACUAGAAUGAGGAAGUAAAAGAGCAAUUGCCAAGAUAAUGUCUUAGACUUGGGUGCACGCAUUCUUGCAUAGAAGGCACAAGGUGUGUCGGGGGUGGGACAGCUUGGGAUAAAGAUGGAUAAAAUGACCUUUCCUGGAGCACUCUAAGAAGAUGGCGACACAGUCCCCAUUUCAUGCAAUUCAGCAAGGGCUAGGAGAUAAAGAGCCCAUCUAGUCAUGUAAUUCUGUAUUUACAGGUGGCUUUUUGCUGUACACAAUAUUUUCUUCAAGAUUGGAUGGUUCCCGUGGCUUGUCUGUUAAUCUGUUACUUAAAUCCUAUUUGAUCACA